AGACCUUCAGCCACCACCUGAAACUCUUCCCACCGGCCAUUCUAUCAUACGACUCCUCGACUCGUCUGAAUCCUCUCGCUCGAACUGUUCAUAUCUAAUCGACGUCGAUCUCUCUCUCCCCCGUUGUCCCUGAUCGGACUCUCCUCCUGUGUGCCUUACGCCUCUCUCUUGCUCUCUUUCUGCAUCCCGAAAGCCCUGACAUAUAUUGGUCGUCGUCUGGUCACUCUUGACUCUCGCUUCCCCCACUAACCAUUCACAACCCUCCUUUGGCAUAUUCUUCGUCACUUCGCUCUCCGGCAGACUGUUAGUAUGUCAGUGGAGCAACCUCUCUACCGCCGCGAUCAGGCCGCGAUGACAGAUCCCACCGGUGCCGACUCAGCUGCCUUCGCCGCGGCGACCGCUUUCUCACAGCCCGACUUGUUGGCUUUCUCGCUCCCGGAAGAAGAACCGGUCUGGGGUUUCGAGACCAUCGUGCCGGCCAUGGCCUCGUGGCCCAGCAAGAUGGAGCCACAGACCUUUUGCAACCCGAGCAUGGAGGAGGGCUUUAAGAACACUCGCGUCCGCAACGGACAGCCCACGCCGCCUCCCUUUGAUGACAAGAAACUGCAGCCCCCCAUGGGAGAGACGUACCCGCUGGCACCAUUUGUCUUCACCAGCUCCCCGCCCGAGUUUGCCCCCCCGAAACAGCGCAGCAGCCUCAGUGAGUCGUCGCAGACAGGCAGUUACACGGUCAGCCCCCGACGUCGCAAGGCGUCGGCCGCCGCCCUGGAUGACCCCCCGCAGGAGCGAGCGAAGCGGGAAAAGUUCCUGGAACGGAAUCGGUUGGCGGCCAGCAAGUGUCGACAGAAGAAAAAGGAGCACACGAAGCACCUGGAGAUCCGGUACCGCGAGGUAUCCAGCAGGAAAAGCGAGCUCGAGAAUGAAAUCGAACACCUGCGCGGCGAAGUGCUCAACCUCAAGAACGAGAUGCUGCGGCAUGCGCAAUGUGGAGACGAGGCUAUCAAGCUCCACCUCGCCCAGAUGGUCCGCAUGAUCACCUCUAAGGACACCCCCCACCGCGAUGUGGUUUCUCCCGUGCGAUCCCCGGAACAGCACACGGCGGCGACUCCUCACGGGCUGUCGUUCGGGUUCGACGGUCCCAUGCAGCUGCCUUCGGAGAUGGGGUCGCCGUUGGAUCAGCGACGAGCCUCUGAGCAGUCCAUUCUGACCGACUCAUCCUACACAUUUACCACGGAUGACGGGUUUGAAGAGCUAAUUAAUGUUUAAGCGGGUCACGUCAUUGGCCUUGGUGUUUCUUAGCGUUUCUUUUCUAAUUUUUCUUCUUCUUCUUCUUUUUUGUGUUUUCUCUCUUGUUUACCAUUUUCUUUUUCUACAAAAGGAAAAAAAAAUUGGUUUUCUUGUAUCUCGGUGGAGUCCGAUAAAAGCGACUUGCAUAAUGCCCG